UAUGAAACAAAAACCGGCAUAUGUAAUCAGAGUUUGUUAAAUUCUGAAAUGAAAGAUAUAAAUAAGAUGAAUAAAUAACUAUAUAUAGUAUAUAUAAGGUACAUAGAAUUAAAAGAAAGUAUAUUCCGUAAUCUAUUUCAGCAAUUUAUUUUAUGUCAUAAAAUAAUAUCAGAAAAUACCGAUGUUUAAGGAAAAUAAUAUUUUUGUUAUAGCUUCCAUUUUUGUUAUAUCUUCCUGGAAAGUUGAUAUCAUAUAAUUUUUUAAGAUAUGGUUGAGAUAAGUUUAUUUUCCAAACUUUGAUCCAAAGUUGGUUUUAUUAUUGCAUUUGUGAACUGAUCAUUGUCUCGAUGUUAGACAACAUUAAAAAAAUUUUUUUUAUCAGCGUUAUGAAGUACUCUUCAAGCCAUUCAACUUUUAUUCGGUACAUUUUUUUGUAUUUUUUAUAGUUUUAAUAGAAAAAAAGCGAUUUUCUUCAGAGGGAUGUUUCACUUCCUAAACAUGAAAAUAGACACGUAUAAAGAAAUUUGGUCUUUUAUUUUGAUUAGUACAUACAUUGAAGGCUCAUCAAAAUCGAUCACUUCUGUCUGUUUCCUUAUUAGUUGCAGUUAAAGGUAUUGUAAAAUAUUUUUUAAAAUUUUUUGGUGCAAACAUGUUACUUAAUUAUGCGUUACUACCUGUAUUACAUUGUGUUGUUGUUUAAAACAUUUUACUUUUUCUAACAGCAUGUGCAGCAGUGUUUUAUUAUCAACUGCUUUUUGGCGAUUGAAUAUGCAAAAUAUUUCAGUAUUUUUCUUUAUAAAUAGGUGUAUAGAAGUAACUGUCCCACUGAUCGAAUAUAUCCUACUUAAAAACUUAUACGGAAAUUUAUCAGUAUUAAAUGUGUUUCUUAAAUGUGCUUUUUUUUACAAUCCACAAAAUUUAAGUAUUUUUGGCAAAAUGUUUGCGAACAACAAGAAUUUUACCGUGGAAAAUGGCGUUUACAUAGGACCACAGACACAUCAAUCGGUUAAGUACAGAAGCCUUGGAGAAUUAAUGUGGUUUAAUAUUAAAAGCCAUGGGGACAAAAUCGCACACUUAGACGUAUGUACUGACGAAACGUUUACAUACGCGGAGCUGCAAGAUAAAAUUGUGAGAUGUGCCAACUGGAUGCAAAGAGAAGGAAUCAAAUCUGGCGAUGUUAUCAGUGUAUGCACACAUAAUCAUCCCAAUUCCAUCGUACCUUGUCUUUCAGCGGCUUACGUCAACGCAAUCUUUAAUCCGUGGAAUGAAAACAUGAACUUACAAACUACGCUGUACAUUUUGCAAUUGACCACGCCGAAGAUGAUUUUCUGCAACGAGAAAACCGUGGAUGUUAUCUUGAGCGCUAUAAAAGCAAAGAAUUACAGUCUUAAAGUGGUGGUUUUCGGCAAACACGCCAGUGCGAUUUCGUUCAACGAUAUCCUAAAAAAUUGUAUCGAUGCGGAAAUAGCGAAUUUCCGUUAUGCUGAACUCAAUGACAUCAAGCAGACGUCGUGCAUCAUGCACUCAUCGGGUACAACGGGGAUGCCGAAGGGCGUCGAACUUUCUAAUUACACUAUGAUGCUUAUCAGCGAGGAUAAAAAUUUCGAAACAACCAACAUACCAAUACUUUCGUUCUCUUCUCUUUGUUGGAUCAGCGGAACAAUGCUGAAUAUGAAAGCAAUCGCGCAGGGUGCUAAAAUGAUCAUUUAUCCGGAAUUUGAUGAGGAAAUAACUUGCAAAUUGAUUGAGAAAUAUAAAGUAGUAUUCAUGUACCUUACCACGAGUAUGAUGAAUCGAUUUUACAGAGCAGGUUACGCAAAACAAUAUUCAUUAUUAUCUUUAAAAACUAUAGUAAUCGGUGGUGCGAUAUUUAAACCAAAAGUGCAGGAAGAAUUGAGACGUACUUUACCGCAUGUUCAGAUAAUGCAAGGUUACGGAAUGACAGAAGCUAGUGGUCUUGUAACAUUCCCAUUACCGCAUCAUAAGAACGGAUCAUGCGGAGUAAUAGGUGAAAAUAUGCAAAUAAAAGUUGUGGAUUCAAAAAGUGGAAAAGUACUUGGCCCGAAUCAGUCGGGAGAAAUAUGGAUAAAAUCUGCACUGAUGAUGAACGGUUAUUAUAGGAAUCCUGAGGCGACAAAAAGUACAAUCGAUGAAGAAGGAUGGCUUCGCUCGGGUGAUAUCGGUUAUGUUGAUGAAGAUGGAGAAAUAUUUAUUAUUGACAGGAUAAAAGAUAUAAUAAGAUACAGAGAAUAUGACGUCUCACCGGGAGAAAUUGAGGGUGUCUUAUUAUUACAUCCAGCAGUAAUGGAAGCUGCAGUGCUAUCGAUUCCUCAUGAAAUAGACAUCAACCACCCUUUUGCUUAUGUGACGAUAAAGCCUGAAGCCAAGGUGACGGAGCAAGAAUUAAUAGAUUUUGUGGCAAAAAAUAUGAUGGAUCACUGUAAACUUCGUGCUGGAGUGAUAUUUCUGGAUGCUUUUCCGUAUACGGGUUCAGGAAAAAUUGCGAGAAAAGAUUUGGAAGAAAUGGCUAAAAAAUUAUUUAAAUACUAAAGAUUGAGUUGUAGAGAUUUAGUGUAGAUGGCUAUUUCAAGAACUCUUUUCCUUGGCUUUGUAUUUAUAAAUAAUAUUUCACAUUUUUUGAAUAGCGUUAUAAAGCGCACUUGAUUAUUAAAAAUUAAUAACGACGACUAAGAGUUUGUAUGCAUACCGAAGGUAAUCAUAUAUUUUAAUCAUCUUUUAUGAAACAAUUACACGUUAUUGGAGCACUAAAAUAACUAUAAUUCUAAAAGAAAAUUAGAUAAGACACAUUUUUAAAUAAACUUUUUUAUUGAUUUAA